AUGGCUCGCAUGGGGGUCAAUGCCACCGUCCUCUUGCUCGUCCUCGCCGCCCUGGCCUGCUGCCAUGCGGGCGCUGCAGGCAACGGGGAGCAGGGUGGCUGUCAGCUGUCGGACAUCAAGGUCUCGCAGGAGAAGACGAGGAAGGUGGUGGAGGGACAGCCGGAGUACCGGGUGACCAUCGAGAACCUGUGCCCAUGCCCGCAGGCCUACGUCAACGUGCACUGCAACGGCCUGCCCAGCGUCGAGCCGAUAGACAGCAGCAAGAUCAAAGUGGAGGAUGAGCUCUGCAUGGUCGCCAGCGAGAUGUUCAAGGGGUCGCCCGUCACCUUCACAUACGCAUGGAAGACGCCGCAGGACUUCGCCGUCGUCAGCGCCGAGCCGCAGUGCUGA